CUGUUGUUAGAUUAUGAGCUUGUUAAUCAAUCAUGUAUGUUGAAAAGAAUUGUGACACUCAAACAGAUAAUGAUAAAAAUAUGUACAAAUAUGAGAAUGACAUUUAUCAGUGCUAGACGGAUCAUUAAAAAUGAUAUUAAGUAUUGAAAGAGAGUUAUGAUUAAUUCUUGAAAAAACGUUACGGGGAGAAGAAGGCAUCAUGAAAACACGGCCUACAAAAGUUCCGUUGUGAUCGGAUCAAGAAAACAAAGCUUGUUAUUGUGCAAGGUGGGUGUUUCUUCGGGUAAAAAAUGUCGAGUACACUCUCGGAGGCACCAAUGUGUCUGGACUCAUCGGACCCGGAGAUCAGAUCGAGCCACCUGAUCUCACGACUGGAUCAUGACCAGGAGGACGCGGAGAAACCGGAUCAGACACGGAGAACAGAAUGUAACAACGCGGAAAGUGAUUGUGAGAGCGAUACGAGCGAAGUGUUGAGCGUUGGCAGCGAACCGACGCCAACUAGCGUGGUUGGAGUGCGUGUAUGCGGCUCUAUGAGGUACGACCAGGAAUCGGCAAGUAGCCGGGGCGAGUUCCGUGACGAGGAAAAUACGAGAACGUCGGCGACACCAUCGCCUUCCAGCUCCGCCAGCUGCAAUGAUCUGUAUUAUCAGCGUACGUCAAAUAAUCAUGUUCCAGCACCAAGUCCACCUGGUUACAGUCAACCACCAUCGUCCCCCACGGCGUCUUCCGUCAGAUCUCCAGCUUCCUCCUCGGCUACCGCCUCGUCUCCAGGUCGACCGGAAGCUAUACAAGAGGCUAUCGUACCUAGAUACCAAUCCAAUCAUCAGCAACAUCUUCUUACUCGAUAUUCUUCUAGGGAACCUGAUAUUUCUGACUAUACGGCGCGAGUUCAGCACGGCCUAGGUCACGAAAUCGUUUAUCCCACUGUAGAAAGGUUACAUCGUACACCAAUAAGCGUUCCUUUAGUAACGAGACUUUCGUUGUCACCACCGUCGGCCAUGACGGUCACCGGGCUUCAAGCAACGACGCCUGUUCUCCAUCCCGCUGCUUGCAGAGAUCCGCGGGAGACUACCUCGUUGAUGCCGCAUCACAGUCAGCAUCUACAUCACGCGAACGCCCACACGCAUCUGCAUCAGGGCUCGCAGGUACAGCAUGUACCGGCGAAUUCGGUGCACCAGCACCGGCUGUCAGUCAGCAAACUCUUGCAACGGGAUUCCGGUAGUCCAGCAUCGCCCAGCGCUAGGGAGGAGAACGGGCGUACUUUGCCCUCCGCGAAUGGCGUGCAAAAUAGUAUUAGCAACAACGGCAAUCAUCACAACAACAAUAACAACAACAACAACAACAACCUACAGCAUCAGGCGGGCCUAAAGUUCAGUAUAGAUAAUAUUUUAAAAGCGGACUUCGGCAGGAGAAUCACGGAUCCUAUCUCUCUGAAGAAGUCCCGGCCUAAGAAAGUGUCUUCAAGGCCGAUCGAUCUAACGAAGGACUUUCUAGAGUCGUCCUCCGACACUUCUGAGAGAAGCAGCUCGGAAACGACAACGACGAACGCCUCUCCUACCGGUGUUUCGGCUGGGAACACGACGUCCAACCAGACUGGAGCAACCGAUCCUGGAAAGAUGUUAUGGCCAGCGUGGGUCUACUGCACCAGAUAUUCGGACAGGCCUUCCUCGGGACGAAAACCAUCUCGUGUUUCAGGUCCACGCACGAGAAGAGUGAAGAGGACAGACGGACGCGGCGGUGGCACCCCCGAAGAGAAACGUCCCAGGACCGCAUUCAGUGGUGAACAAUUAGCGAGACUGAAAAGGGAAUUCGCGGAGAACCGAUACCUGACGGAAAGACGGAGGCAACAACUCUCGAGGGAUUUAGGUCUGAACGAGGCGCAAAUCAAGAUCUGGUUCCAGAACAAGCGAGCGAAAAUCAAGAAGGCCAGCGGCCAGAAAAAUCCUCUGGCGCUUCAGCUAAUGGCACAGGGGCUCUAUAAUCACUCGACGGUACCGCUUACUAAAGAGGAAGAGGAACAGGCCGCGGAACUUCAAGCGAAAUGACGACUGCAAAUUUAAACGCUCGGAAAAAUCUAACGUUGCAACUUUGAUCCCCUGAAUUUCGUAUCUGACCUUAAAGGAGCCAUAAGCGAAAGUCGAAUCUUCUAUUCGAUUUUAAUUCUUUGAGCAAGAUAUUUUAGAAAAAUUUCAAAGG